UUUCAUAAGCUGCCUGAGGCCAAACAUGGCUGAAUGUGGCUGAAUUGAUCUUUACCCUUGUCCUAAAAUUCCUCCAUGGACAUUUUGGUUUGAAGCUUCGAUUCGACUGCAAUCUAACAACCAUCGACGGCCACGCGAUCCCCUAAGCCUACGAUGGCUACGGCAAAUCAAUGCAUUGCUUCGCUGGCGAGGCUGAGUCUUUCGGCUCCCAUAAGACCAGUCAAUGCGACAAUACCUAGAUUCCUAGCUCCGUCGAUAGUUCAGACGCGAUACAAGAGCGCCGGUACUGUCGCUAUGCGGGCGCGCGAAAAGGAAAAGCAGAAGAAGAAGAAGAGGAUGCUGCGUUUUAAAGAGUACAAAUACGCUACUCCUAGCGAAGGCGAGAGGCACUCUCUAUGCGACGCCAUGCGAUACCUCCGAGCGGCCGAAGUUGGCCGUCCCCCAGCAUCUGUCACCUACGAAGUCUCUCUGAAAAUUAGAACGCCCAAGAACAGCAUCGUGCUUCGGAAUCGGAUACGUUUUCCUUAUCCGGUUAAGAACGAUACGCGCAUCGCCGUCAUCUGCAAGGAAGGUAGCGGAGCGAUGGCCGAAGCCCGCGCCAACGGAGCCGUCGCAUUCGGAGAAGAUUCUUUGUACGAGCUCAUCAAGAACAGCCCGGGCAAGCUCCCGUUUAACCGCCUCAUCUGCCACGUCGACUGCGAAGCCUCUCUCAAGAAGGCCGGCCUCGGUCGAAUACUAGGUCCUAAGGGUCUGAUGCCUAGUUUGAAGACCAACACCCUCACCAAGAGCGUGAGAAGCAUGAUGCACGAGAUGGUCGGUGCCGAAGGAUAUAGGGAGAAGGUUGGAGCGAUCCGCAUGCCCAUAGGGAACAUUCAAUUUACCCCCAAGAUGCUGGCCGAAAACGUCAAGGCGCUGGUAGGGCAAGUGAGGGAGAAUAUCGGAUACGUGGAAGAUAAGGCCAAGAAGGACCUGAUCGAAGUUGUCCUGUCUUCCACAAACGGACCGGGUUUUAGUUUGAAUGGAAGCUUCAGCUCCGUCGACGAGAAGCUGCUGCCCGAGCACCUGAGUACAGCUAUGUAGAUAUCUGUCUUACGAAUUAGAAUUAUAUAAGAAUUGUACCAUAUCUUGAACUUGACAUUCUUGGGAUUCUUGGGAUUCUUGGGAUGCUUGGGAUGCUUGAGAUGCUUGGGAUGUUUGGUAUGCUUGGCAUUGCUGGAUAUCGCUGGGUAUCGCUACAGUUCGAUGACCUUGUGCAUGACAUCGUUGAUUGAUGAGAUCGUU